ACUGGCUAUGGACUUGCAUUACUUUUACAGGAAGUUACUGUAUUGGAAUUACAGUGUUUUACUGCAUGUCUGCCCUGUGAUGGACUGGCGGCAUGUCCGGGGCGUUUCCUCUUUCCCACCUGAUGACAACAAGGAGGCUCCAGCUACCCCCAGUGACCCAGAAGGAUAAGUGGCUUAGAAAAUCAGCUCCCGUACUGUCCCAACUCUUGGAACUGAGCUUGGGUGACACACAUCCGACCUCUCUGACAACACUAUGGAUGUGAACUCACUCAUCCCCAAAGGACACUCUCCAGAACUUUCUUAGGAAAGUUCAUUUGGUUUAAGACCAUCAACAGCGUAACAACAGCAGGCCGAACAGUUGAGCUCUGCUGCUGUGUGUGAGUGUUUGGUGAGCACAGGAACAGAAAGCUGCUCUGUGGCUGCUUUGAGGCCCAAAGGUGGGGGCAGGAGGGGGCCUGUAGUCGUCACAGUCUUUCAGAGAGCGAGAGCUUGUUGUGGUCAGCCUGGACGUCUCUGUGAAAGGCUGGUGAAGCAGCAGCAGGCGGUUCAGACCGUGCUGGGCAUCAGAAAAUGCGGCCGCUCAGCGUCCUGCUCUGCGCUGUGACCAUUACCUGCUUCUGUUACUGCGCUUCCAGUGAAGAUUUCACUGUAACUCAGACUCCGUCUGAACUCACAGUGAAGGAGGGGGGCUCUGUUAGCGUCGCCUGCUGCUGGGAUAAAAACAUCACUGGAGUGAAAGUGAAAUGGUUUAAAGAUGAUCAACUCACUGGACACUGGAGUGAUGAGCGCCUUCAUACCGAGGUCCAGGGGAACUGCUCGGUGUUGUCCAUUAAGAACAUCCGUAACAACGAGACGGGGCUUUACAUCUGUGAAGUUAUGCGAGACGUCCCAAAACUGGACAUCAGAAGAGGAGAAGGGACGGCUGUGAAUGUCCAGACUGAAAAUGAGGCAGCCGCAGCAGAGCCAAAAGAGGGCAAAUCAACAGGUGACUUACUGAAUGGACCAGACAAAACAGAGUCAAAGGAUGUGAACUCUCCUCACUCACCCAGUACAGAAGAGGAUGUAGUUCCAGUCUCUCUUCAGGAUGAACUCAUCAUUUACGUGAUCCGCUGCAUUCCCUUCAUAACCCUGCUGCUGGUGGUGUGUUUCCUAAACAGAGGCACUAAAAAGAGCCCCCGGCCUACACCAUGUUCACAGAAUGUCCCGAAUGCAGAAGAGGAGGAAAGAGAGCUGGAAGAGGGAGAAGAACAAAUGGGAGAAGAAAGAGAGCGGGAUGGGGGGAAUGAACAAGUGCAAGAAGAAACAGGGCUGGAAGAGAGAAAUGAGCAAAUGAGACGGGAACGAGAGCUGGAAGAGGAGGAUAAAGUAAAGGGCCAGAAAAGAGAAAAAAGAAAGAGAGGUGAAAGACAAAGAAAAGAACAAGAGGAGUGAAGAAGUGAUGGUGGAGUAGAAGGGAGCAGAGGGGGAAGAGCAGCACAUGAAGAUGGACAAACGUGGUGAGAGAAAAUGCUGAGGAGGCUGGCCUCUUUCUGCAGUGCCCCCUAGUGGACACUCCAAAAAACUGACUGUGACAUUUUGAAUUAAUAUAAUCAAAUAAAUCUUUUGUUCCCUGCGUCUCUGUUAUCAGAUGAGCAAGGACUCUGUGUUGAGCUGCUAGUGAGCAAUGAUGAGGAGUGAGAACCCCCUGCUGUGAAAAACUCUUCACACCUCUCCUGCCAAACUGAGAUACAAUUGUAGUUUUUCUGAAGAAAAAGGUAUAUAUAUCAACAAAUGGGACCUUCAAAACAGGCGGAAAUGCAUUUUAUGGUUACGAUGAUGUGUUUGUGGCAGGGGGUGUGAAAAAUAGCCCCAUUGCAUUCGGAGCCACCCUGAGGCGCAGCAGUGCUGUAGCUCUAGUUAGUUAAGAACACCAAAGACAGAACUUUGCAGACCAAAUAAUGGCCUUUCCCUGAAUUUGUAUUUGAGUAUCUAUUUCAUCUUGACGGACCACCCCUUUUCACAGACCACCCCUCCAGAAUUUUGAUUCUGAGACAUUCUAAGACAUUAAUUAAGGAGUCCCAGACCCCCAAUGAUCCCCUGUAUUGAGCACUUUGGUGACAGGGCAUUCAAAUUACCACUGAGUACAGGAGGAAGAAUCACCUUUCUGCAUCAUCAACACUGCCCUCACGGACACUUUAAACAACUCAUGUGCUCGUUUUGAAGCCUCCAAUACUGAGGCAGCAUUGAGAAUCUUGGUUCUCUUGGACACCAGGUACUGACUGUGAAGGCCCUGCUCAGAUCCCACAUAAAGCUGCAGGCCCUGACAACGUACCUGGACAUGCCCAUCAGUUAGCUGCUGUCUUCAUGAACAUCAACAAGUCCCCGGAGCAGGCUGUCCAAACAUGCUUCAAAUUAGCCACCAUCAUCCCAGUGACAAAGAAGGCUGCUGUCCUCAUAGGUCAUCGCACAAAUUAAGGAAUCCAUUCCAUCAAUACUGGACCCCCAUCGAUAUACCUACAGGCAACAUUGCUCAUCUAAUGACACCAGAAACACUGCCAUCCACCUGGCCUUAUCACACUUGGACAACAAGUACACUUAUGUUGGUAUGCUGUUUGCCAACUUCAGCUCAGCAACUGUCCUUGAUACCCUUGAUCAGUAAUCCUUCAUAUCCAAGAGGCAUCUCAGCAAACUGAACUUACUUGGCCUCAGCUCGUCUCUCUCUAACCAGGUUCUACACUUCAUUGUACAUCAUUGACAACCUCUCUUGGCCAUUAGUCCCUCUUCCUUAGCGAGGAAGGCACAACAGCGGCUCUACUACCUAAGAAGACUAAUGAAAUCAAAGAACACGCUCAUUCUACAGCAGCGUCAUAGAGAGCAUCCUGACCUGCAGCAUCACUCUCUGUUAUAGAAAUGGCUCUGGCUCAGACAGGAAAGCACAAAAGCAGGUAGUGAAAUUUAAGGACAUUAAGGACAUCUACACCAAACGGUGUGAAAGGAAAGGAUCCCUCUCCAACAUGGAUCAUUUUGUCACGCCUCCCUCCAGGUCUGUAGUUCUGAGCACCCAGAACACUGAUCGACUCUCACUCCACUGUCACUCCACUGUCACACCACUGUCAUGCCUACCACCCUCAAGGUUAGCGUCACCAGAAUACUAACCAGUCACACCUUAACUUCAUCAACACUCUUCUAUAAAGGCUGAUUGUUUCCACUUCCUCUUUCGUUCUGUCCCAUUACGCUCGUUCUGUCCCAUUACACACUUACACCACUCCCAUCUCAAAGAAGGCUGUAUUUAUUGUGUGUCGGCUGCUCAUCUGUGUUAGAUGUUGCACUGUGUACUGCAGAAGCUAGAUUUUGCUUCUCACUCAACACGUCUAAGAUGAGAUGAAAUGACAAUGAUUUAUUUACCUCUUCGUGUUAAGCCACUUCUACUUCAGCUGUUCAUUUAUAUCACCAGGCUGUGCGUUCCUUGUUCAAACUUGGUCCCUCAAGCUGUAGUUCAAAUGGAAAUUAAACUUCUUUUGUACUUUCCAGUUGGAAUAUGUGUGUUUGUGUUGCAGAGAUUAACUUGGAAAUAAAGUAAGGUGUAGUGAAAUUAAAAGACGUCCAGAAAGUAAUAGGUAAAGUAAUCCCAUUAUAAGUUUAAAGAAGUAGCUAGUCAUUUAUAAUUUGAUACAGUUUGAAUAACUAAUCCGACACUGGUGAUGUAGUGUGUCAUAAAUUGAAAUGUAUGAGCUAUAAUGGGCGAUUGCCAGGUUUUUUAGGUAUUUCACCCUCUGCAUUGCAUAAUAUCAGCAACAGACUCAGUGAAUCUGUGAAGGAAAACCACAGGUACAUGCCUGUGAGCUUCCACCCCUCGGACAGCACUGCUUUAAAAACCUGCAAUACAUUACCACAAUGGAUACUUUGAUAAAAUGUUGUCAAUUAAAAAUAUUGGUUGCAGCAUCCACAAAUGUUAGGUAGGACUGAACUAUACACAUACAUCAUAUGUCAACAGCAUCUAGAAACAACGCUGACUUCUCUGGGUUGGAGCUCAUCUGAAAUGGACUGAUGCUCAGUGGAAACAUGUAUUGUGGUCUGACGAGACAGCCAUUCAGCUUGUUUAGGAAAUAAUGGAUUUUGUCUUCUCUGAGCCAAAGAAGAAAGGGACCAUUCAAACUGUUGCUAGUGUAAAAUUUAAAAUCCAGCGUCUGUAAUGGGAAUGACAAUAAGCCAUGUUUUAUGAUAAAAUUAAGUGACGCUUAUUAGUCCCACAACGGGGAAAUUUCACCUCUGCGUUUAACCAAUCCAUGCAGUGA